GAAUCGGCCAUGGCCCUAUCUCUGCAUGUUCAUUCCGCGCAAGGAUUUAGGAAUCGUGCGGAGAGGAUUGUCAAAGCGAGUUUCAGGGGUGUUUCUCAUUAUACCAAGGUGCUUGAAAAUUCUAACGGAGAUGUUAUAUUUGAUCAAUGGUUCGAGUGGCCGGUUGGAAGUCCAGUACAAAGCCAUGAAGUUCUGGAAAUUGUUCUCCUCAACUAUAACAAAUAUUUCAGCAACAAGGUGAUCGGCAGCUACGGCUUGGUGCUUCAAAAAUUAAUAGAAGAUGGACAUCUACGAGUUGCAGAUUCUUUGGUCGAUGUCAACAAUAUGCCGACCGAAAUCGUUCUUUUGUUCGACGUCCGUUACUCCGCUCCAGACGGUUCAGUCAGCGAAUGGGGCGUGUCCGCUAGUGAAGCAGGACUCGAGGACGACCGCCAAGCGCUAUUGGUCAUCGAGCACAACAUAGCCAACCUGGAGCGAUCCAUCAACCAGGGACACCACCCACACCGGCAGCAGCAAUCCUCUUUAGACUAUGACGUGGAAUAUUCGCCUGGUCUGAUGAGGAACGGAUCCAACUUGAGCCUCAUCUCACCAAGGUCACCGGAAAGGAAGAGGUCCUUGCCAGCCACGAUGCGCAGCUUGGCCAGCAUGAUGAAGCUCGGCAAACAAAGGCAUCAUGCGGAAGAAGACGAGCGGAAGUCGCUUAAGGAUGCGGACCAAAUAGAAUACGGCUCGACGCAGACUCUGAACUUGCGCGACAAUGUCUUCGCAGCGGGAUCAUCGGACGAAGAGGACAGGGGUACUAGAAGUGGGGGUCAAGAAGAAAGCAGCGCCGACGUACCCUAUUCCAUCAACACCCCAGUGGUCCUCAAAAAGCCCACUUUGACCGAACAAGAGUCUCCGGCUGCUCUGCGCGCUCAGGAUUUUCAGGUUUGCGUGACAAUAAUCGAGGCUCGACAUUUGGCUGGUCUGAAUAUGGAUCCUGUCGUGUGCGUACAAGUGGGCGAUCAGAAGAAAUAUACCAGCGUUAAAGAAUCUACAAAUUGUCCUUAUUACAAUGAGUAUUUUGUGUUUGAUUUUCAUAUGGCUCCUAUGAUGUUCUUUGACAAAAUCAUCAGCUUGACGGUCCUCCAUUCCCGGAACAUAAUUCGAUCAGGAAAGGUCAUUGGGACCUUCAAACUGGAUGUCGGAACAGUCUUCGGCCAACCAGAUCACCAGUUUUACCACAAAUGGGCCUUGCUUACGGACACGGACGACAUCACAGCGGGGCCCAAAGGAUACCUCAAAUGCGACAUAUCUGUCGCUGGGAAAGGAGAUACGGUCAAACCACCACCCAAAAGCGAAAAAGAUGAAGAUGACAUAGAAGCGAAUCUUCUUCUGCCAGACGGCGUCCCAGCAGAACGGCAGCACGCGAGGUUCAUCCUGAAGGUGUAUCGUGCAGAUGGUCUACCACGAAUGAACGCGGGAAUCGUGGCAAAUGUUAAGAAGGCCUUCACCGGGGAAGCCAGAGACCUGGUCGAUCCUUACGUUCAGGUGUCUUUUGCCGGGCUCAUGGGCAAAACGUCAGUUCGAAAAGGUACCUGCUGUCCCACGUGGAACGAACAGGUAGUAUUUACAGAAAUGUUUCCACCCCUGUGCCAACGACUCAAGAUACAGCUGAGAGACAACGAUCCGGUCAACGAUGCUGUGAUCGGGACACAUUUCCUUGAUCUUGCAAAGAUUUCUAACGAAGGAGAAAAAGGUUUCUUGCCAACAUUCGGCCCCUCCUAUAUCUAUUUAUAUGGCAGCCCUCGGGACUACUCCUUAUUUGACGAGCACACGCCGCUAAAUGACGGCUUGGGAGAAGGUGUCAUGUACCGUGGUAGGAUACUGAUUGCGCUCAAGACAGAGAUCCUUGAUACGCUGGAUGUCACGCCCUCGGACGUCGAAAUCGAGAUGGCCACGCCCAUCGCCGAAGGAUGCUAUGGGCGGAAUGAUGAAUUCUUCUUGUUUGGUUGCGUGUUGGAAGCCACAAUGAUCGACAGAAAGAUAGGCGAAAAACCUAUUUACUUCGAAAUUACAUUAGGCAAUGCUGGCAACUUAUUGGAUAGUUACAGGGUCAAUAAAAGAGGGGAUGAAGAUGAUGUGGAUUCUGGGUCAGACUCUGGAGAAGGAUCCUUUUAUGGAGAGGCGUCCUGUCCUAUUCAGUCUACUACGCCACCCCUUAAACCGGCCACUAAAGACAGGCAGUACUACUAUCUGCCAUACGGAGAUCAUAAGCCCUGUAUAUGGGUUCGAAGUAUAUGGCAAGAUCAUAGGAGGAGACUCUACAACUCGAACGUUCUAUCCAAGAUCGCCGAUAAACUAGAAGAAGGUUUGUCAGACGUUCAAGAAAUGAUUCGUUUAGAAAAACCAUAUGCCGACAGAAGAUUACGAGGAGUACUAGAAGAACUAAGUACUGGAUGCAACCGUUUCCUGACUAUUCUAAAGGGCGCCGGCGGAAGUGCCUCCACAAAAACCAAACUGGACAAAGAAAGGACUAAGCUCUGCCAAAGAGAGCUGGAUCAUAUUGCCACGAUUUCGAGGACCAUGAAACCUCUAGUAACUCGAAAUUCAAUCAAGGAAAAAUUACGGACAGCACAAGGGUUUCUCAAGAAAAUUAGAGAGCUGACUGAAGAUCCGCAGCCAGUACUGCCGGAUGUUUUCGUGUGGCUCAUCAGUGGCGGAAAAAGAGUGGCUUACCAGCGGCUCUGCGCCCGGGAUCUCGUGUUUUCCAUAGUGGAAGAAGAAAGUGGCAAACACUGCGGAAAAGUACAAACCCUCUUUCUCAAGCUGCCUGGAAAGAAAGGGUCCGGCCCCGGUGGAUGGUCCAUUCAGGCCAAGCUGCACAUGUACCUGUGGUUGGGGCUCACCAAGCAUAAGAAGUACUUCUUGAAAGGGUUGCCCAAGGGUUACGACGACUCCUCACACGAGAUCAGGAAUGCUGAGAAACUCCAAACGGCACCACCACUCUCCGUACGAUACGCAGAGAAACAAGUAUUUGAGCUUAGAUGUCACAUGUACCAAGCAAGAUCGUUGAUUGGUUCCGAUUCUUCUGGACUGUCUGAUCCGUUCGCUAGAGUCCUAUUCUCCGACAUAAGUCAAACAACUCAAGUUAUCGACGAGACACUGAGUCCGACCUGGGACGAAAUGCUGCUGUUCUCGGAUGUCGUGGUUUACGGAAAUCAGGAAAAUAUACGAGAGGACCCUCCUCUCGUGGUUGUAGAGAUCUUCGAUCAAGACAAAGUAGGCAAAUCGGAGUUUAUAGGUCGCACUCUGGCUCGUCCUCACGUGAAAUUCGCGGAUGAGCCCUAUUGCCGCCCUCGUUUUCCGCCCACGCUGGAGUGGUACGAUAUCUACAGGGGUUCCGAGCAAGCGGGAGAAUUGCUAGCCGCUUUCGAGCUGCUGCAACUUAGCGACUCCGAUGAGAAAGGGGUGGGGCCGGAGCUGCCACGCCCCAAAGAAAAUGUCUGGAGGUCUGAUCGAGGCCCCAUCCUGCCAGUGCCCUUAUCCAUUCGACCGACGCUUUCGAAAUACAGAAUUGAGGUCCUCUUUUGGGGUCUGCGAGAGCUGAAGCGCGUCCAUCUGAUGACGGUGGAUCGCCCGCGAGUUGACAUCGAAUGCGCCGGUCAUGUAUUACAGUCAUCCAUAAUUCUCAACUACAGGAAGAAUCCUAAUUUUUCGACACCGGUCAAGUAUUUUGAUGUGGAGCUUCCAGAUCAGGAACUAUAUUGUCCUCCUCUGACCAUCCGUGUGAUGGACUGCCGCAGUUUCGGUCGUUUCACCCUGGUUGGCACCCACGUCAUCAACAGUUUGCAGCGGUACGUCUUCAAGCCACAAAUCACACAAUAUAGCCACACAGUCAGUCAGACGCUGCUAGCAGUGCACUCCGAUGACGUUGUAAUUGAUAUCGACCAGGGUACCAAAGAGACGCUUAUCAUCUUGGACUAUGGAGGAAGACAGAAAUACGAACCCAAAGAUGCCGAUGGUCAACCAAAGAAGAAAAAGAAAAAACAAACCGAAGAAGAAGCAUUAGAGGACGAUGAAGAAAACAAAGAUUGGUGGACCCGAUACUUCGCUUCCUAUGAGGCUAUGAUCAAAGAGAAAAGUGAGCCUCCCUGCAGUCCCAGCACAAUGAACGGCGACGUUUUGGGCUGUCAAGACGACGGGUUUGCGGAUGAGACGCUGAGCGGCAAGGAUGCCCGGAAAGCGGAGAAAGAGCUGAUCCGACUGGAGAACCAGCACCAGGCCGGAAAUCUGCAGAUCAUACCGAAGAGGACGUUGAAGGGAACCUCUACAGCAGUGAGACUGGCGCAGAGACUCAGCCCGAAAUCGCACAGGAAAGUCAUGUCAGAAGAGUCCCUGAUCAAGAUAUACUCUUGUGAAUUGGAGAAUGUGAUCGAUUUUGGAGGAUUUCGGGAAUGGCUGCAUUCUUUCGAACUCUUCAGAGGAAAAAGAACGGGAGACGAACUGGAAGACCAAAACAGAAUCGUCGGAGUGUUCAAGGGUUCUUUGAAAGUGUACAAGACUCCACUUCCGAAGGACGUCCACGACCCUUACCUACCCAUCUCAGACCCUCAAGCGGGACUCUUCCAGGGGCUUCCAAGCAACGAACCCAUCCACGUACUGGUUCGCGUCUACAUCGUCAAGGCCACCGACUUGCACCCAGCGGAUCUGAAUGGAAAGGCAGAUCCUUACAUCGUCAUCAACUUGGGCAGCAAAAAGACCAAUGACAAAGAGAACUACAUCUCAAAGCAGCUCAAUCCAGUUUUUGGAAAGUGUUUUGAAUUUGAGGCAACAUUCCCCCAAGAUUCCUUACUAAAUGUCCAGAUAUACGACUGGGACUUGUUGGGGUCAGAUGAUCUUAUUGGAGAGACCAAGAUCGAUCUUGAAAAUAGGUUUUACAGCAGGCAUCGACCUACCUGCGGACUCACCCAGAAAUACGAAGUAUCCGGUCCAAACUCGUGGCGUGAUCCUUUGAAGCCCACUCAAAUACUCGCCAAGCUGUGCAAAGACCUCAAGCUCGAUGGCCCCUACAUUAUGCACAACAGAAUACGGAUCGGUAACAAAGCUUUUACUUUCCAAGCAGAUGGCGACAUGGACGGUGAUGGCCGUCCCGGAGAAGAACAAAUGGCUUUAUCCGUUCUUCACAGAUGGCACGAGAUCCCACGUGCCGAAUACCGUUUAGUACCAGAACAUGUCGAGACGAGACCUCUUUACCAUCCGGACAAGCCCGGAAUAGAACAGGGCAAACUGGAAAUGUGGGUGGAUAUGUUCGCCAUGGAUAUGCCUCUUCCGAAACCUCCUACGGAUAUUUCACCCAGAAAACCUAAAAGUUACGAGCUUCGGGUUAUCAUCUGGAACACUGACGACGUGGUGCUAGAAGAUGAUGCCUUCUUUACGGGUGAGAAGAUGUCGGACAUCUACGUCAAAGGGUGGCUUAAGGGUCCAGAAGACACCCAAUGUACGGAUAUCCAUUACAGGUCCCUGACUGGCGAAGGCAACUUCAACUGGCGGUUCGUGUAUCCAUUUGACUACUUGCCGGCGGAGGAAAAAAUCGUCAUCAGUCGCAAAGAAUCCCUUUUCAGCUGGGACGAGACUGAAUGCAAAAUACCAGCCAGGCUUGAACUUCAAGUCUGGGACGCAGACCACUUCUCCGCGGACGACUUCCUAGGAGCCAUCACGCUGGAUUUGAAUCGUUUCCCUCGGGGCGCAAAGUCUUCCAAACUGUGCACGCUAGACAUGCUGCGGUCGGACGGCAGCGUGCCACAGGUAUCCCUCUUCAAGCAGCGUCGCAUCAAAGGUUGGUGGCCCUUCUUCAUCAAGAAAGACAAUGACGAGAUGGAACUUACGGGUAAAGUAGAAGCAGAACUUCAUCUCUUAUCCAAAGAAGAGGCAGAAAAGAAUCCAGCCGGACUUGGAAGGAACGAACCGGAUCCCCUCGACAAACCUCAUCGACCAGAUUCUACCUUCAUCUGGUUCCUCAACCCCCUAAAGUCGAUCCGUUACAUCAUCUGGCACAACUACAAGUGGGUCAUCCUGAAAGCUAUCCUCUUUGCUGCCCUCGUACUCAUCAUACUGCUCUUUGUCUAUUCCCUGCCAGGGUACACCAUGAAGAAAAUGAUCGGGGCUUGA